AUGAGAUUCGGGAUACAAAGUGCUAAGUCGGGGGUAACUUCAUUGGCUCCAUACUUCAGGCUUUCAGGUAAACAAUCUCUCACUAUAGUAGAAGAGAAGGCACACAUGAAGCGUGUUCCUUAUGCUAGUGCAGUUGGCAGAUUGAUGUACGUCAUGCUAUGUACACGCCCAAAUAUUUCUCAGGUGGUUAGUGUGGUCAGCAGAUUCAUAGUGAAUUCAGGAAAGGCAUAUUGGGAAGCGUUGAAGUGGGUCCUGAGGUACUUGAAGGGUACUGUUGACACAGGUCUGUGUUUUGAUGGAGAUACGUGUCAGAUUGAUGAGUUUGUUGACUCAGAUUAUGCAGAAGCCGAGUACAUGGCCAUGGCGGAGGGAGUGAAGAAAGCAUUAUGGUUGUGGGGUCUUCUAGAUAAUUUGGGAAUUAAACAGGAGAAUGUGAACUUGUGGUGUGACAGUCAGAGUGCAAUUCACUUGGUGAAGAAUCAAAUCUUUGCGGUUAGGGCUUAUGAUCUUCAGCCCCCUACUUGUCCUAAAGUGCCCUUCAUAACUCCUCUUAAAUCCCCUUCAUUUAUGGCGGAGAGCCCCCUUAUUUGCAUGGUUUCCUUGGGUGAGAGAGCAGUGUUCUCAAGGGUAACUUCUGCAACCUCUUUUUUUGAGUUUAAGUUCGACGUGGCUGAGAGGUUGAAGGUUCCUUAUGAUGCGCUAUCAAUGGUUUAUAAAUCUGAAAGGAUCCCUGAUCUGAGUUUUGAGAUCGAGAAUGAGGAUGAUAUGGAGUGUAUGGUGGAGCACAACCGUAAUAUCGGGUGUCUGGAGAUCCAUAUUCGAGCUAAUAUAGAUGUAGAUGUUUCCAGAUGUGAGAACACCCCGAAGCAACCUCCUGAAAUCAUUAUGAAUACACUGAAGCCAAAGUUUAUUGAUAGUACUUCUGCCGCAAACCAUGGUUCUGAAAGAAUUCCAAUUGAUAAUCCCAGUGGUAGCAGUGUAGUGCGUUCUGAUGACAUUAUUAACAACACAGUAAUGAUUCCUGGUUGGUGGCAUAAUGCAUUAACUGAAGAGGGUCAAGAAUUUGAAAGUGCUGAAGAAUUAAGGUUGGCGCUGACAUACUAUUCUCUGGCCAAAAUGUUUGAUUAUGAGUUUAAAAAGAACGAACCAAAACGUAUCCGUGUAUAUUGCCGAUAUAAAGAAACUUACGAGUGCCCAUGGAUGUUGUUUGCUUCACCUGUUAAGAAUGCAAAUAGACUAUCGAUCAAGAAGUUUGUUAAUGAACAUACUUGUGGGCAGUACGGGCAAAAUACAGGUCGUUCAAGGGCAUCCCGUAAAUUCAUUGCAACACAGUUACAACCACUCCUGAAGGUCCGUCCAGAAAUCCGACCCGUUGAUGUGCAAAAGGAGUUCCUCACAAACUACAGCCUUAGAAUUAAUUACAGUAAGAUAUGGUGGGGGAAAGAGAGAGCACAGGAGAAGCUUUACAGGGAUAUAUAUGAGUCGUAUGAUCAACUACGAUGUUACCCCAAUAAUGUGUUAGCUUUUUUUGGUCGCUUGUUAAGCUACACGGAUAACAUGUUAACUUGUUGGUUUGUUUCUUCUUACACGACUAGGUAUGAGCGCAUGGUAAAAGAGACAAAUCCCGGCAGUUACAUACAUGUUGACCAGAAUGAGGGGAGGUUUUCGAGACUCUUUGUUUGUUAUGCUGCAUGCAUCAAAGGUUUCUUGAGUGGAUGCAGACCCCUUCUAUUUUUGGACGGUACAUUUUUGAAGGAUCGAUAUAAAGGUAUUCUCCUCUCGGCCAUAGCAUACGAUGGGAACCAAGGUAUAUUUCCCUUAGCGUAUUGCAUAUGUGAUCAAGAGAAUUUGAUGAAUUGGAAGUGGUUCCUCCAAGGUCUAUGGUCCAUACUUUAUGAGAGGGCUGACCCUUACAAUCCUCCCCACCAAUUGGUUAUAAUUUCUGAUGCGGACAAAGGAAUUAAAGAAUCAGUAAAAGAGUAUUUUCCAGAAGCUCUACACUCGAGGUGUGUUCUACAUCUUGUUGAAAAUUUCAGGUUAAAGCUUAAGGACUUGGGUAUGAAGUCGAAGGACACUCAUGUUCUUGGGAACUUACUCCAAAGUGCUUGUUAUAAAUACACAAUAGCAGAAUGGAAUGAGUACAUGAAAGAGAUAUAUGACAUGGAUCCAAGGGCAUACAACAUUGCUAUGAACUACUCUCCUGAUCAAUGGGCAAAUGCAUUCUUCCCGGGAAUAAGGUAUGGGCACGUAACAUCUAAUGUCGCUGAGUCUUUUAAUAAUUGGAUAAGGGAAGCUAGAAUGCUACGGAUUCUGCAAAUGGUUGAGCAUAUCCGUAAACAGAUAAUGGUUCGAAUGAGUAAUCGCCGGUUACUUGCAGAUAAAUGGGUUGGAUAUCUCUGUCCACAAGCAGAGAUGGUGCUUAAAGAAAAUAUAGAGAAAGGUCGUCCAUUGGAUGUUAAGCAAGCUGCAGCUGACAUAUUUGAAGUGCAAGCACAUAAAACUACCCGUGUUGAUUUGGAGAAGAAGACAUGCACUUGCCGUGCUUGGGACGUCAUGCGGAUUCCGUGUAAACAUGCAUGUGCAGUCAUCUCGUACAUGAAGAGAGACAUUUACCAAUAUUGCGAUUGGUUUAUGUCCAUAGAAGCAUUUAAAAAGAGCUAUGACCCGAUUCUCUAUCCUAUACCAGAUUAUGAGAAACGAAGCGUGCCAAGGGAUGAGAUCGAGCUACUUCCACCACAUACUAUCAAAAGAAAUGGGAGAAAUAAAACAAGACGUAUCAACGAUCGAACAGUGUACAAACGACCUUUGAAAUGCUCUCGAUGCCACUCCGAAGGCCACAACCGCGCAUCUUGCAAUGAACCGAUCGCCGAUUGA